AUGCUCUCCAAACGAUCGUCGAGGACCGUUUGCACAGCAUGUUCUCAAGCUUGGGUCCAGCCCUUCUCUCUGCAAGUGCUUCAAGCUUCUCAAAAGCAACAAUUCACAUCACACGUUCGCAGGACGAAUCACCACCAUUUCCCUUCCAGUCGAUCUCUAACUACUACUAUUAUACAAAGGCAAUACCAGGCACCAGUCCGAAAAGAAAAAAAUGUUACUCAACAAAGAUUUACCUCCACCGCUGCCGCUGCCGCUGCCGCCGCUACCAACGACGACCUCGCUGCGAAGUCAUCAAAAGAGGCUUUAUUUGCUGUAAUCGAAAAUAUAUAUCAAGCGGAAGAUGACAUUGUACAAAGCUUACAAGAACUGGACCUUGUCGACGCAUUCCCUCACCUUGUUUACUCCGAAGACCUCGACCUGGUGGAUACUGUUACCGCUAUUGUUGGUCAUCGAAAUGAAGCAGAGUUGACUGCCAAGGUCGUGAGGGUCCGGCAGCAAUUCCGUGAUUCUCUUCCGGAAAACAUGUUAAGUGAAGAAGAGAUGCAAUUGUAUAAAACAUUAUAUGGCGAACCGCUACCUAUGGAAGAGGCUGCCACCACCGUUGAGGAUGGGCCGGAACCAGACCAGCUAUUUCGAGAUGACGGUGAAGGAGGAUGGGUUGAGAUCGAACAACCCAGCGCAAAUACAGCCGUGGAGGAAGAGACGGAGCACAAUCUUGCAAUGGCUACGGAAUACGAAAAUAACACCGAAACCGAAGUGGAUUACAGUGAAAUGUCCCUGGAGGAUCGAGCAAGCUCGAUAGCAAAAAUGCUAGGCGGGGAAGUUGUACCGUUUACUGAUUCAGAGGUGGUUUCCGAAGAUGACCACGCUGAUAGCAGUGGUCCGCGAACGCAUCCGCUUACCACGGAGGGGAAAUUCACAACCGGAACCAAAACCUUAUUUCUACCUUAUGACAGCAUGACGAAACCGAUAUCCCGUAUGCUUUCAGCUUACUCCAACAAACAUCUCGCAGAAACUGCACACAGACUGUUUGGUGGGGCAAAUUUGCCCUACUCCACGUCUACCCCUCCCAAGAACAUCCCUCCAACCCCUAUCCAGCUAGAUGCAGGACAGCGUAUCAUGUCAGAGAUAGAAAGUCAUGCUUUCCUUGCGGUCCUCUACCCUGGUAUAUACGCUUCGGUACUUCCUGUUCUUGUCGAAGUGCGCAAACGGCUAGGCUCGAAAUGGCUUCGCGAUUUGAUGGCUCAAAAGGAUGGCCCGAGGGUUCUUGAUGUCGGAGGAGGUGGAGCAGGAAUUCUAGCCUGGAGGGAAGUGUUGAAGGCUGAAUGGUCCUUAAUGUCCCCCAACAGGCCACCAGGCAGCCCUAUCCCGUUCGGGAGGUCGACAGUUGUAACAGGAUCCCACGCGUUGCGACAUAGAGCGAGCCAGUUGUUGGAGAACACCACAUUCCUUCCCCGCUUGCCCGAUUAUGUGCACGUGCGCGACCAGUUGACAACAGCUGACGAACGGCCUCCUCCACAGCGCAAGCAGUUCGAUGUCAUCAUCGCCCCACAUACAAUAUGGCCAAUACGUGAGGAUUAUCACCGGAAGGAGCAUGUGGAAAAUUUAUGGUCGCUUCUCAAUCCGGAUGGAGGGGUGCUUAUCCUUCUUGAAAAAGGGAUUCAGCGGGGAUUCGAGGCUAUUGCGGGUGCCCGCGAGAUGAUUCUUGAGCGAUUGAUUGCGUCGCCCGGAUCAACUGAGUAUGAAAAUCCAACUCAAUCUCCGGAGUCCGAGAGAUUUUUUCAGAAAGGAAAGGGGAUGAUCAUAGCUCCUUGCACCACCCACGCCAAGUGCCCUAUGUAUACAAAUCCAGGGAAGUCAAUCGCGCGCAAAGAUUUUUGCCAUUUCCAACAACGCUAUAUCCGGCCCCCGUAUCUACAACGUAUCAAGGGCGCCAAAGACACGAACCAUGAAGACGCAAAAUUCAGCUACGUCGCGGUGCAACGAGGUACUGAUAUGAGAGAGACGCACGGCAUCAUUCAGGGCCAACGAGCAACCGAUGCGGCUUUUGCUGGAUUCGAAAACAUCCCAAUCGAUGUGGGCAACGUCGAAGGUAACGCUGCAGGGGAGACAAUCCCAUUCCACACCCUCUCCCUCCCACGACUGAUCCUCCCACCGCUGAAGCGCCAAGGCCAUUCCACGCUAGACCUCUGCACUCCUGCAGGCAAGAUUGAGCGGUGGACGGUCCCACGCUCGUUUAGCAAACAGGCCUACCGUGACGCCCGUAAGUCCGCUUGGGGCGAUCUAUGGGCGUUGGGUGCCAAGUCGCGCUCACCACGCAACAUCAAGCUUGGCUUCGUCGAUGAUCAGAGUGGCGGUAAGAAGUUUGAGAGGCGCGUGCGCAAGCAAUCGUUGGCUGACGAUAUGGCGGAUGAGGAAUAUCAACUUGGCACUUCCGGUACUUCUGGAGAGGUAAUGGAGGAAGGAGAGGGGGAGGAUCGUGGAAUGAACGAUCUCCGGGAGGCGAUGGGCCGGCUGGAUCCCUCUGGACGCAGGGAGCGGAGUAGUAGGAAGCCGGAGAAGCGGAAGAAAGUUCCGGCUUGGGUGAAGAAGAUGGAGGUACGGAAGGAGAGGAAGGCGAGGCGGAUUAACGAUUUUGAAGGCGUGUAA